UCCUCCUGCUGCCACUUGUUGUGCUCCUGCUUUGACUUGAUUUCGCACUCAACGACUUAAGCGACAAACAUGAGGAAUGUCUGGCGGAAUAUUCUGGUUUUAUGGUUUAUGGCCUUACCUGCUUCAGCUCAACUACCAAAGAAAUGUUCGGCACCGCUGGAAUACCCACACACCGCACUAGACAAGAAGUUCACUGGCAGACAGACGUUCAGCAGUGGGGAAAAGGUUUACUACAACUGCGCCGAGGACUUCACUCCAUCCAAAGGCAGCCGAGCUGUGCAGUGUUUGGAAGGAAAAUGGACCAAACUGACUCUAAAAUGCGAAAAGAAAUCAUGUGGCAAUGCCGGGGAUCUACAGAAUGGGCAGUUUCACUAUGAAGGGAAUUCAUUCCUUGGGGAGAAAGUUUAUGCUACAUGCAAUGAGGGAUACACUCUGAAAGGACCAAACUAUAUGAUAUGCAAGAAGUCUGGAUGGACUGGUGAAGUCCCGACUUGUGAAGAAGGAGAGACCACCUGCUCCACACCUGUGGUGGCCAACUCUGUCAAGAGUGGUGGAGAUGUUUCUGUGUACUGGGUGGGAGACAAUGUGACCUUUACCUGCAGCCAGGGUUUCGAGCUGGACGGAGCUCCGCAGGUCACUUGUGGCCCUGAUGGCCAGUGGCAGCCUCAACCCCCUCAGUGUCUGCCUUUACCUGAUGAUAAAACUGAACAGUCAUCUAACAAAGAAACAGGUGGAUGCAUUGCGCCCCCAACCAUCAAGAACUCCAACGCCAACCUUGCUGACAAGUACAUCACAAUGACAUCUUUUACUUCUGGCGACAGAGUCCAAUAUGUGUGUGAUGUUGGAUACAAUCAAGUAGGCGGCAGCAGAUACCGCACGUGCAAGGACGGAAAGUGGACGCCACUGUUUCUAAAAUGUGAACCAAAGCUGUGCGGUUCUGCGGGAGAGAUUCUAAAUGGACAGUUUACAUACACUGGAGUCGAGUUUGGAGACACUGCCACAGCUGUCUGUGAUGAGGGGUACGUUCUUGUAGGAAAGGCGAUCAGAAACUGCAUGAGUAACGGCUGGGAUGGACGUGUUCCUGUUUGUGAAGCCGUGGUGUGCGCAGAGCCUUCAGGAGAGACAAAUGCGGUGAUGAAAUGCCUUCAGGAGCCACCUUACACAUACAGGAGUGUGCUUCGUUAUGAGUGUCAUGUCGGAACUCUUAUUGGACAAAGGGAGAUUUGGUGUACCAGGGAUGGGACAUGGAGCGCACCCCUUCCUACAUGCAGAGAAAUGACAUGUUCAUCUCCAAAUGUGCCUGGCGCCUCCUGGACACGAGCACAGAAUAACCUCUAUCAAUACAGUGACACCAUAUCAAUCGAGUGUAACCCAGGCUACUACAUGACUGGUCCAAGCACUGUUACCUGUGGUCAUGAUGGCCGAUGGUUCCCUGGCCUCCCCAAAUGUAGACGUGCACGGCGCCGCAACUACUGGAGGAAUUAAUAUGCUAGCUGAAAUGUGAAACCACAGUAUUCAAUCCAGCCUGCUUAAACCAUUCAACAGCAGUCAGUGGAGGAGGAAAAUCUUAAUCUGUAAACUAACAUUGUCCUCUCUCUAAAAGAAAAGCAUUUUUUUAAAUCCACCUUUCAGUAAUGCAUUAAUAAUAAUAAUAAUAAUAAUUCUUAUUUGCUCAUAAAACUUUGUAUAAACUCAUUAUACAGACAUUAAAAUUUGUUUGAAAUGAA